CGUCGCUCUUUCCUCUUCUCCUCCUGCUCACCAACCGCACCGAGUCGACUGUGAUUAAUGACAACCUACCUACCUCGCUGUCGCUGUCAUCACCAUCGACAUCGCUGACCCUACUCUUCCAGACUUGAACCUCGACUGAUUGGUUUUUUUGGAAGGAAGUGAAGGAUUUGCUCUCUCUCAGAAGCGCCACCGUACCGUGCUGCUGCGUGCUGGCUGGUGCACGGCUACAGAUUACCCAACCCCAUUUACGGGAACGAAUCCAUCAUCUACCACUAUCGAACGAGUCCCCUCACCACUAGGUUGCGAUGUCACCUUUAAUUGCCCACCGCCCUCCGCUCGAGGCCGUAGCCGAGUCGGAGUCCUAUACCGACAGGCCGACGAGAGGUGGCCCGAGGAAGUUUUAUGAACUGAAGGUUCUGCAACAACCCGAGCGUGCGCGAGCAUGUGGUUCUGGCCUGAAGUCUGCCGCCGACCGUCGUCCUGUCGACCCACCUCCCGUUGUACAGCUGCAUGUUUACGAGGGCCCCACGAGAGAAGAAGCGCGAGACAUCACUUUCAGCUACAAGGCAAACUUCUUUCUGUUCGCCGAACUCUGCCCUGCUCGCCCCAUGGCUCAUGGGCGCGUCAAUACCCCCGCUGCGGCCCUGGCUCCUGUGUUGACGGGUAUGCCUGUGUCCGGGAUGGCCUACCUGGACCGACCUACCGAAGCUGGCUACUUUUUGUUCCCCGACCUGUCAGUUCGUCAUGAGGGACGCUACGUCCUGGUCUUUCAUCUCUACGAGGAUAUCAAGCAAGAUGAGGACCGCGAUCUCGAAGGUGAUUCAUCCGACGAGGCCAUCAAUCCGAGCUUUCUGUACAGAAUGGCCGUCAAGUCUGUGCCUUUCAGUGUCUUUAGCGCCAAGAAGUUCCCAGGUCUUACGGAGAGCACGAGCCUGAGCAAGACCAUAUCUGAGCAGGGCUGCCGUGUAAGAAUCCGUCGCGACGUUCGCAUGAGGAGGCGUGACGGCAAACCCACCGGAAACGAAUUCGAGAACAACCCCGAGAAUGAGUACAGGAACGGCAGGAGGACGCAAACCCCCGAGAUACGAAGCAACGCCGAACAAUACCGAGCUCGAUCGUCUAGCAACAGCAGCGAACACCGCGCUGCAUACCCGCCGGUCCCUGAGCGGAGGCCUUCCAUUGUUGAGACGUUCCAGGCCCCGCCACCACCGCCGCCGCCCAUGUCGUAUGGCCCGGCACCAUCAACCAACGUUCAUCUGCGAUUUGGAUCCGAUGCCUCCAUUGCCCCGUACCCCCCUCACCAGUACGGACAACCUGCAGUCCAGCCGCCGCCCAUUUCACCGACCACGGCUUCCUACCAGUCGAGCCAGCCUUCACCGUAUCACCCAAACUCCGGUUACGUCUACUCCAGUCGGCCCAGCUCUCAGUACGCAGCGAGCAACCCGCCGCCAACACCACGCGAUGCCUACGACCGACGUCCAUCUGCCACGGUAAUGCCGCCAUCUCCUUCCGUCUAUGGCUCUGCUCACGGCCCCAAGGACAUGGACAUGGCCAGGCGUGAGCCCGACUACAGGAGAGACUCGUUGCCCCCUCGGCAGCUGGCCCCUGUGUCAGAGGCCCCCUCACAGAUGGGCACCAAGCUUCCGCCCAUGCUUCCCUCUAUCGAGAGGCUUACGUCGGUGCCCUCUCACUUGACAGGCCGUACUGAGCCCAUUGAGGCCGCUCCUGUUUCGAUGUACGACCAGUUGCCGGAGGUUGCCCGUGCAGGCGCUAAGCGUGGCUACGGAGAUACGUUCGUCGAGGACACGCGUCCUCUGUUUGACAGACAACGCCAACAAGACGUCCACCACGCCAGCGCUCUUUAUAAUCAACGCUUCUUACCGACAGAAAACAUGGAGUACAAGCGUGCUGAUGGCUCAUGCAAGCUUAGGCAAAACAACUCGUAUUUGCCUUGAGCAGGUGUGGCACUUUUCGCGUUCUGGUAGCUUCUCUUUGGGUAUUUUUUUCUUAUUCUUUGGAAAGGGAUAUAUCCGGCAUCAGGCGUUCCGGGGCAACGAGGUGUACGGACGGAAGGGUCAAUUGCCUACUGAACUUUUAAAUCAUCGGCGGCGUACCUCGCGCAUUUUCUUAUAUUUGAUCUGCGCACAUUAACAUUUCGACACUACCUGAUCAUUACGGCUGGUUUUUUUUUUUUUAGCCACGAGCGAUCGGACUUCUUUCUUCCCAUGUGUUAUUUAUCAUUCCAUUUCGGCAGGACGGCCUUUGUUGCUGGGGCCUUGGCACUAUUCAGAUUGGCCUCUAAAACGAAAGGAAUGUCAGGCCCAUGAAGAUGUGCGUCAAAUCGCAACUGUUAGUCGGCCAAUGAGUAACAAGGGCAAAGGGACGUGGGACUUGGGCUAGCUUCACAUGUAUUUAUUUCUUGCUGCUUCUGCGUAGAAAAAUGGAGACGUCCAGCACUUAAGAUUUGCUUGGAUCA